AUUUUUAUCCAGUGACAAAAUAAUCGUACGCAGCCUUGAUAAAUUCAUGACCUUCUCUAAAAAAGGUAUUUUGCUUCUGUAUAAACAAAGUUGAAAUUAAUUUUUUUUAUAUUCCACGACCAGUGAUGUCUGAUAAAGAAGAUUUGAGCGAGUGGGCCCGGAAUGUGCCUUGGGAAAAAUGGAUUUAUGACAAGGAAGUCGAACUCUUGCUCACCCAGCUGAGAGAAAGAAUAGCUACGCUGACCAGUGAAGGAGUGACAGGCGACGAAGAGGAAUCCAACACUAGCAUAAAACUGGUCACCGUUGGAGAUGGCGCCGUUGGGAAGACUUCUCUUUUAAUCUCCUACAUUACAAAUGACUUUCCCACUGAUUAUGUGCCCACCGUUUUCGAAAACCACUCAAAGCAAGUCAAGCACAACGCCACAAAUAAAGACGUUCUUCUUCGUCUGUGGGACACUGCUGGCCAAGAAGAUUACGAUCGAUUGAGACCGCUUUCCUACCCUGGCGCAGAUCUCAUACUCAUUUGCUUUUCCACAGUCUCGCCGGUGUCUUUGAAUAUGAUCCGGGAGAAAUGGUAUCCUGAAGUGAAGCACUAUGCACCAGAUGUCCCAGUCAUUCUUGUAGGAACAAAGGUCGAUUUGCGCUCUGAGGAGGCGAAGGAUGGGAAUGAGGGUGGAACCUACGUCACUGAAGAAGAGGGAAGGACAGUAAAGGAAAAAAUUGGUGCAGUGAAGUACAUUGAAGUGUCUAGCAAGACGGGGUUCAACCUUGACGAAGUCUUUCAAUCCGCUAUGGGGGUGGUCUUAGACAUUCGUAGAAACGAAGAAAGAUCAAGAUCAGCUGGCAGAGGGGAAAAUGUCAGCAGUGACACCGUCGAGUCUUCGACUACUCAUCCGCGUAAGAAAUCGGCGCGCCACCAAAAAGUAUGCAUCCUGUUCUAAUCACAUCAGGCCCGUGAUAAUCAAUAAGGCUUGAUCAUGUGCCCUAGUUUGGUAAGAUCCACAAUAUUCGAAAUGACAAGAAAGAACACAAAAUUGAUGAGACACCUUGUGAAAAUGUGAAAACCACCUUCGGCAUGUCCCUAUCGAAGUCUUGUACAUAAUGUAUAUGAGGCAAUCUACAUACGUACAUACGUGCAUACAUAAUUCACAGACGACAACGAUGUCCACCACGCUGACCUAGAGGCAGUGCCAACGAGUGCGCGCCGUUACGCAUUGCCCCUACGCACUCUCGUCAUGCUAUGUAUUUCACGGGCCUCCUUUCAGGACAAGAGACACCUACGUUGUACGUUAGAGAAUACCAAUAUCCCACCAACGCAGGGUACUGAACUGCCGAGCACACUUUAGACGAAUGCGUGGACGACAACCGCAUUCUACCUGCGCAUGUGAAUCGGGUACCAGGCACCGAGGUGUGUGGCACAGCGCUGCGGUUUUUUAGAACAUGCUUUAAAAUAGAAUAAAUUCGUGCAAGUACGAAAAACGGUAUUUCUCUCAACUGAAUAGGGCCCACAGUCUAACAUGCGGGAAGGAAGAUUUGGCCUUCAGCGACACGAGCCCCAGUUUUGGUGGCAACCAGCGCCUUGGUGUUUUUGGCGCGCAAAAAGGAGGGGAAGGGAGAAGUCCGACGUGUCUUCAGUUCGACAGAAUCGUGAAUAGCAGAAACAAACAGUACUUCGAUAGUAUUUUUCUGAAUUUCGGGUCUCAUGUGUGCUUUAUAGCUCGUUUUGGGACAACAACUUCUUUGACCUAUGUGCUUGAGUGAAGGAAGUCCGUAGAGGGGUAGGGUGUCUGGUGCCUUCUCAUUGAUACCGAGAAGUUUUUGAGUUCACACAGCGGUGCGUCUAUAUGCGAAGGGCAUACAAGCAGCUGAAGUUGUGACAGGUUCGCAAGAAGGAGGCUCCAUAACUUUUUUUCGUCAAUGAGAACAGCCGCCAGCCCGUUCUAGUGCUAUCGUGCCUGAGUGUUACAGCUUCUUAGUAUGCAUUGGUUUUGGCAAAGGGAUCUUGCCUGAAACUGGCGCCAAUUGCGCAACGCUGAACGAUUUCUUGACCUAUGCCACGAGUUCUGGAGGAGCGGUACGAUUUUGUUCAACGACUGCAAUUCGUACCAAUUGUCGGGCGCAUAAAAACGGCCUGCACGUCGUUAGGAUUUAAAUAGGGUGCAGUUCAACGGAGGGGGCGGGUAGCAAUUUGUCUGCACUUGUGUCUUGUGGAGAGACUGCUGUGAUACAGAUCAAAGUUUCCUCGGUGAAGCAAGUCUACAAGCUAAUAAAACAUAGUACAGUGCAGUAUAGAGUGAUCUACAUCACUGCUUUCUUUGAAUUCGUCUAUGGCUGCGUCUACUUCGUCUACCCAGGUAUCGCCUUUUGAAUUGAUCUACAAAACAACGGUGAGUGGAACACUUUUUUCCAGCCUCUAGGCGGAGGGGGGAGGGAUGUCGACGCACAAUCUGAAACAGGCGAUAGACGUUGCGUGCUCCAACAAUGGCAUCUUCAUGACUGUCUUUGAUCGUGAAAUUUAUGAUAUGCACCGGUUGAUGAGAUGAAGCCUCUCGAUGCAACAGAUCUUCGGAGCGUAUACCGUCAGAAAAUCAAAAGGCGCGAAUUCCGUUUGAGCCGCGAAGGUGAGUUCUUUCGGACAUGGGGGACAAAAUUCGGGAUUUACGUACCGUCUACAAUGACAUCAUAGACGCGGUCCUCAAAGGUAAAAAUAAUAUCAAAUUGCAGGGAGACUUCGUCUUGAAAUCGCUGGGGUCUCGGCUUGACCUUCAUGUUUCUAUGGAUCAUGCUCAAGAGUCCCUUUCUUCUAUAGCUAGCGCGAUCAAAAGGUUGACGUCAAAAUUGAGGUUUUUGGGUGGUUUGAGAAAGUAUGAGAAAAUGAAAGAGUACAAUUCCUCAUCUUUG